GUCUCUCUCAGGUUGCCCACUUUCUGAUGAUCUCAUCUCCCAUUACCAAAAGUCAUUACUUGAGACUCAAUACUUGAGCUUUCUCUUGUUUCUGAAUCUUCUCUGGGUCCUCUCCACCUGAAUACCUCUCACUCCUUCACCUGGUCUCGUUCCUUUGCAGCCAACGCAUCUGUGUAAGCGUUCUUAUUGUUUCUGUAAAUAAAUCAUACAUUUUUCACUUGCCUUGUUCGCCAUCGUAGCUCCUGAAUGCUAAAGUUAUGAACUUGAUUCUGUUUUGCUUGACACCCAUGUUUUGUGCUGAAAACUAUCAACUCUCAGCUUAGAUAUUAUUUAUAUACUUGUUAAGAAGGCGUUUCUGGUUUGGUCAUUAACCUCCUUGCUACUUAAGCUCUGUAGUCUUUAGAAGAUUGGUGGGUUUUGCUUUGAUUCAGUUUCUGAGCUGAUACAGAGGGUUUAGGUUUCUAAACCGAAAUAUUUGUUGGAUAAGGAACCAGUAAAUGAGUAUGAGGAAGUAUAUGAAUCCCCACUCAGCAAGGGUCUUUGGUGAUAGGGUUUGGGUUAUUCCAUUCUUUGCUAGCUUGAUCAUAUUCAUUACCCUCUUUUUCUCGGGCAUUUCUGGGCUGUUUACCUCCCCACAUGGUGGAGAGCAGUUGCCAUUUGACAUUAUUUCCUUCUCAAAAUCGGAUGACUCAAAUGAGUAUUUUGUUGAAUCUGAUUUGAAAAGAUCAUUGGAAACCAAUGGGCGUUCUGAAAUUGGGGCACCUAGAUUAGCAUAUCUUAUAUCAGGUACAAAGGGUGAUAGCCAUAGGAUGAUGAGGACUUUAAGCGCGGUAUAUCAUCCAAGAAAUCAAUAUAUCCUACAUUUGGAUCUUGAGGCUCCGCCUCGUGAAAGGUUGGAAUUGGCAAGUUCAGUGAAGGCUGAUCCUACUUUUAGUGAAGUGGAGAAUGUGCGUGUUAUGGCUCAAUCCAAUUUGGUGACGUAUAAGGGCCCUACAAUGAUUGCUUGUACCUUACAAGCCAUUUCCAUUCUGUUAAAGGAGAGCUCAGAGUGGGACUGGUUUAUAAACCUCAGUGCGUCAGAUUAUCCUCUCAUGACACAAGAUGAUUUGCUUCAUGCUUUCUCCAAUCUGUCUAGAAACCUCAACUUUAUUGAACUUAUGCAGAUUACUGGAUGGAAACUGAAUCAAAGAGCAAAACCAAUCAUAAUUGAUCCAGGCCUGUACUUAUCAAAAAAAUCUGACCUUGCAUGGACCACUCAGCGCCGAUCACUUCCUACAUCAUUCAAGUUGUUUACAGGUUCAGCUUGGGUAAUGCUAUCGCGAUCGUUUCUUGAAUAUUGUAUAUGGGGCUGGGAUAACCUACCACGUACCAUCCUUAUGUAUUACACCAAUUUUGUUUCUUCUCCAGAAGGCUAUUUUCAUACUGUUAUUUGCAACAACGAGGAAUUUCGCCACACUGCAGUAAGCCAUGAUCUCCAUUACAUUGCUUGGGAUAGCCCUCCGAAGCAGCACCCCAUCUCGUUGUCUAUGAAGGACUUUGACAAAAUGGUAAAGAGCAAUGCUCCAUUUGCUCGAAAAUUUGCAAGGGAUGACCCUGUCUUGGACAAAAUUGAUAAAGAACUUCUCGGUCGAAAAAGCCGGUUUGCGCCUGGGGCUUGGUGUAUAGGCAACCCAGAAGGUGGGGCUGACCCAUGCUCAGUGCGCGGUAAUGAUUCAGUGUUUAGGCCAGGUCCUGGUGCUGUGAGGUUCCAAGAGCUGCUUCAGACACUGUUGUCUGAAGAUUUCCAGAAAAAGCAAUGUACAUGACAGAGCAGAAGUAAGAGUUGGAAAACCCAAGUGUACAUUAAUGUAUCCAUAGAUUACAAGGCUGAUGUAAAAUGACAGUGAGUUUUGUUUUAGAUAUAUUAAUAGAAUAUGCAAGCAUGCAACUUCCAUUUGG